AUGGAUGCACAUUCCGAUCUCGAUGUACUGAAAGAGCUGCAUGGCGACCUUCAUCGAAAAUACGGCAUGCACGCAGCGGCGAUCGAACGUAUCUGGCGGUCCUUCGAUAAAAAUCAACGAGCGGCAUGCCUGAAGGCGGGCGCAGCAGGUGGCGUCGUCCUGGAGCACUCAUUGGAUUUGUCUCUUGGGAACGUCUGCAACGUCCUGCCAGAGAUAAACCUUCUUGACAUCACCGAGCCAGAAUCAGAACUACUCCUGGGGCUUCUUAAGCAUCGGGCUACCACAACACUCUGCGAGCAGUAUUUCAGUGGUGUCAAUGGGGGGCUUGGGGAUCUCGACUUCAUCGAGCAGAUGAUGCGUACUCGUGGUCUACAGCAUGUCGAAGCAUUCACGGACUGUCACACUAUGUUCUUCGAUGACGAGAACUAUGGCGAGUCAUAUGAGAUUCUUUCAAACCAGGCCGAAAUCCUCUCUCAUAUCACCCCGGCCAUCCAAGCUCGCCAAAUCAUCCCUCAGUCAACCGCAGAGCUAGUUUUGCAGAGGCAAACCAUGCUGUUGCAACAUCUAAACAUCAUCGUCGAGGACAUCUUGGACGAGGGUUCGCAAAGUCGAGAACAGAAGGAGCGACCGAGGAAAUCGGGAAAGGCAGCAUCAUCUGCUUUGUCGCAAUUGACUUUCCGAGCUGUUCCGGAGAGACCUGCUCUCUCGGAUCUAUCAGCUAGCGCGCAGGAUCAAAGGGCUGAUCUUGAAGACUACUUGGGCUUAUUAUCUUCGGAGCCUUCUGUCCUUGCCCAUGCCGUCAACACUUGGUUCUUCAGUCAGCCAGAACUUGUUGCUGACGAGAAAGGGCGCGUAUUUCCGGCUCAUACCGACAAAUAUAUUAGCGCUUGCUUUUUCGAAGCAAUACACAGUGCUAUCCAAGGUGCCGCCAUUUGGAAUUACAUUGGUCGGCUCCUUGAGCUACUCAGCAGCUCGACCCUCGACAAGGCGUACCGAGCUAUCGUUCUUCAAGAGUUGUCAAACACUUGUCAUCUCGAAUACAGGCGUGCACAAUCCAUCUUUAAACGCAAUGUACAAACAGCCUCGGGAUCGAAAUGGUUCAAGAGAGUCUCUAAUAUGUAUGACGAUGUUGGUAAUGCUCGCGUUACCAUGAGAGGCAACCCAGACCUAACUAGGAAUAAUCCCCAACUUGAGUACAUGCUGCGACUCUGCCAGCCUGAAACAAAUGCAUCUAGAGCCAUCGACUGGAUGAAAAAGCUGAGCGAUCUUCACCGAGCUCACCCUUUGGAGCGGGAGAAGAUUGUGGAACGAGAAUUUGACUCAUUACAUGACUUAGCUGUCGUCAUCGGGUUUACUAUGGAUUUAUCUGGAGUUGUCUCGAUGCCACCCUUCUCUCGCAAGAGCAAACUGGGGUUUGUGUCCAAGCAGCAGGAACUUGAGACCGAGCUAAACCAGCUUAAAAAACCAGUCGACCUGCGCGACUUUGUUGUCCCUAUCGACAAUCUUCUGGAGCCUGGUAUCGCGGCAACCGCCUUGAGAGUGCUCGAUGAGUUUGUGGUGGAGAAAGCUGGAACAAAGAUGGGGCUUCUGUAUCAAGACUUGGUCGAAGAUUGUUUGUCAAAUCUCCAAGAGCACCAUCAAAAGCUCAAGACGGGAUUGAAAGACGAAGGAGAAAUAGACUCGUUCCCACCGCCGGUCGCAGCACUUCAACUGGGGGAGCAACGCGUGGAACAGCGAAAGCAAAAAGAGAAGACACGUCCCCCACAUUCAUCUGCUUAUGAAUUUUCACCUGUGGAGGGCAUGCCUGGAACAGAAAUUCCGACGCAGUCAACACAGACCUUCAACGUAAGCUUUUCGACGGCGGAGGUUUUUAGGACCUUGUUUACAAAGUCGGUUUCGCGUGGCUCUAUAAAUUGGUCGGCAUUUGAAGCUGCUAUGUCGGAAUUGGGAUUUUCGGUCAUCCCAAAGUUUGGUUCAGUUUACACCUUCUCCCCCCCCGAUACAAUGGCUGUGAAGAAGUCGUUCACCGCCCACCGACCACACCAGUCCAAAAUUGAGGGCCGUGUGAUAUUUAUUUUUGCACAGAGGUUAAGGAGGGUUUAUGGGUGGGGUGAAAGCACAUUCGAGGUCUCGUGA